AUGAAUUUGAGAAGAACACGUUCUCUUGAAGAAUAAAAGGUGUAAGAUUUGUACGAGGUGUUGGCAUUCUCAAAAUAUGUAAAUGUGAAAGUAUUCAAAAUCAUCAUAGAAAUACUUAAAAAAUUGUCAAUUUCAGAUUCUCUAAUUUUUUUAUUACAAGUUAAUAGAAACCAAAAUUUUUGGGUAAACUAUUUACAAGCUGACAAUUUUUCCACUCAAGAAAAAUGCUAGAAGUUAGACUAGAUGAUAAAAGAAAUCAAAUAAAUUACUCAAAUUAUGAUAUUAAUUCAGGGUCAUGACUUCAAUACCAGAAAUUACUCCACUCAAGAUAAUCUAGAAACAAAAUAAUUUCUAAUUGAGAAAAUAGGGAGAGAUGAAAAUAUAAUUGAAUUCUUAAAAUAUUUAGUACAUCUCACUUCCGUUGAUAAUAAAUUUAUCUAAAGUGGAUCAAAUUCUCUUCAUUUCUUAGUUGAAAUGAAAAUUGAUUUGAAAACACAUUCCUUUGAAAAUAUUAAAAUUAGAAAUACUUCACUUUUUGGAGGUAAUUUUGCCAAAUGUGAUUUGAGUGGAUCUGAAUUUGACAAUGUCAUUAUUAAAGGGAUUAAUUUAAAUGGUUCAAAUUUAUUUAAAUGUAAAUGGGUCAAUUUAAGAAUGAAUGUAAUUGAGCUUAAUAGUCAUGGUGAUUAUGUAAAUUCACUUUGCUAUUCUCCCGAUGGUCAUUAAUUGGCUUCAAGUAGUAAUAAAUCCAUUAUUUUGUGGAAUCUUAGAAGGGGAAAUAUAAGGUAUGUUAUCAAAAGAAAGAGAGAAGUAAAAUCACUCUGUUAUUCACCUAAUGGUAAAAUAUUAGGUGCUUGUAGUGGGUAAUUUAUUUAUUUAUGGAAUCUUUAUACAAGUAAAUAAAAAUAAAAAUUAACUGGUCAUACUAGCUAAGUGAAGACAGUCCGUUUUUCUUCUAAUGGUCUUAAAUUAGCAUCUGUUGAUGUGGAUAACUCCAUCUAUUUAUGGGAUGUUAUAAAAGGAGAACCUAUAGCCUAAUGGGAUGAUUGUAAUACAUUUUGUUUCUCUCCUGAUGCUGCUAUGAUAGCAUAUGCUAGUUUGUAAAACAACAUCUAUUUAUUGGAUGUUGAGACAGGAGAAGAAAUGGCCAUAUUUAAGAAACAUUACACCGAAAUUUUAUCAAUCUGUUUUUCUCCUGAUGGUACUACAUUAGCAUCUGGAGGUGGAGAUUGUAAAACUGGUUCAUGUUCCAGGGUCUUUUUAUGGGAUCUUAAAACAGGAAAAUUUAAAGACGAAUUAAAUUAUAUGAAAUGUAGGUUCACUUCUGUCUGCUUCUCUCCUGAUGGUACUAAUUUAGCAGCUAGUGUUAAUAAUAAUAUAGUUGUAUGGAAUGUUGAGACUGGUGAAAUAAAAUACGAUAUAAAUGGUCAUCAUAAUGAAAUUAAUUAAAUCUGUUUCUCUCUUGAUGGUAGAUUAUUAGCAUCUGGUAGUGGUUCCGAUAGCUAAAUAAGUAGUAAAUUAAACUCCUUGAUUCGAUUUUGGGAUUUUAAGUCAAUAGAAUAGGAGGUUGAUUCAGUUGCUCAUAGGGGAAGUGUUAAAUAAGUUUGUUUUUCUCCUGAUGGUACGACAUUAGCAUCUGGUAGUUAUGAUAGCUCUAUCCGUUUAUGGGAGGUUAAGACAGGAUAAUAAAAAGCCAAAUUAGAUGGUCAUUCAUUAACAGUUUAUUCAAUUUGUUACUCUCCUGAUGGUACUACAUUAGCAUCUGGUAGUGAUGAUAACUCUAUCCGUUUAUGGGAUGUUAAGACAGGAUAAUAAAAAGCAAAAUUAGCUGGUCAUUCUAGGACAGUCAAUUCAAUUUGUUACUCUCCUGAUGGUACUACAUUAGCAUCUGGUAGUGAUGAUAACUCUAUCCGUUUAUGGGAUGUUAAGACAGGAUAAUAAAAAGCAAAAUUAGCUGGUCAUUCUAGGACAGUCAAUUCAAUUUGUUACUCUCCUGAUGGUACUACAUUAGCAUCUGGUAGUGAUGAUAACUCUAUCCGUUUAUGGGAUGUUAAGACAGGAUAAUAAAAAGCAAAAUUAGCUGGUCAUUCUAGGACAGUCAAUUCAAUUUGUUACUCUCCUGAUGGUACUACAUUAGCAUCUGGUAGUGAUGAUAACUCUAUCCGUUUAUGGGAUGUUAAGACAGGAUAAUAAAAAGCAAAAUUAGCUGGUCAUUCUAGGACAGUCAAUUCAAUUUGUUACUCUCCUGAUGGUACUACAUUAGCAUCUGGUAGUGAUGAUAACUCUAUCCGUUUAUGGGAUGUUAAGACAGGAUAAUAAAAAGCAAAAUUAGCUGGUCAUUCUAGGACAGUCAAUUCAAUUUGUUACUCUCCUGAUGGUACUACAUUAGCAUCUGGUAGUGAUGAUAACUCUAUCCGUUUAUGGGAUGUUAAGACAGGAUAAUAAAAAGCAAAAUUAGCUGGUCAUUCUAGGACAGUCAAUUCAAUUUGUUACUCUCCUGAUGGUACUACAUUAGCAUCUGGUAGUGAUGAUAACUCUAUCCGUUUAUGGGAUGUUAAGACAGGAUAAUAAAAAGCAAAAUUAGAUGGUCAUUCAUCAUAUGUUUAUUCAAUUUGUUACUCUCCUGAUGGUACUACAUUAGCAUCUGGUAGUGAAGAUAACUCUAUCCGUUUAUGGGAUGUUAAGACAGGAUAAUAAAAAGCCAAAUUAGAUGGUCAUUCAUCAUAUGUUUAUUCAAUUUGUUACUCUCCUGAUGGUACUACAUUAGCAUCCGGUAGUUGGGAUAACUCUAUCCGUUUAUGGGAUGUUAAGACAGGAUAAUAAAAAGCCAAAUUAGAUGGCCAUUCAUCAACAGUUUAUACAGUCGAUUUCUCCCCUGAUGGUACUACAUUAGCAUCUGGUAGUUCAGAUUGUUCUAUCCGUUUAUGGGAUGUUAAGACAGGAUAAUAAAAAUGCAAAUUAGAUGGUCAUUCAAAUGAAGUGAAUUCAAUUUGUUACUCUCCUGAUGGUACUACAUUAGCAUCUGGUAGUUAGGAUAAAUCUAUCCUUUUAUGGGAUGUUAAAACAAAACAACAUGCUACAUCACUAUCUUUGAUUGACAAAUAGAGUAUAUUUUGAUUAUUAUUUCAGCUAUUCCAGUUAAAAUACUUCAUAUAACUUAAAAUCCUAUAUUUUAAGCUUAAGGAGCAUUGAUAUACAAAGGAGAAUUUGUAACUCAUAUUGGAAUGAACUUAAGAAUACUAUUUGAAUAAAAUUGAAGUUAUAUUUGAG